ACAAAAACCAAGAUCCAAUCAGGAUUCUUCAUUUAGGCUUGGGGAAGUGGAACCAUGGGCGUGUUGGUCAUUUUUAGCAGCCUUUGGAGUGAGGCCAGAGCUCCAGAAGAUGCUGGGAGUACCUAGAAGAGUCUGAUUGGCUACUAGAAUUAGCUGCCAAACAGAGCAACCAGUCAGUGAACACUGGGGACCUUGUUGAACUCCAGUUGGGUGGGAGUCUUUCCAGGGCAUCUGAAAGCACUGAACCAGGACAAAAAGGUGGAGGCUUGAAGAAGAAACACAGUGGGCAACUGAUAAAAGCGCUCUGGGCUCCCUCCUUUGUCUGUGGACAGUGUUGUUUCUUGUGGAAGUUACAAGAAAAUGGCAGUGCUGAUACUACCCACACUGGCUGCUUGAUCCAGGGCAUCAUGAUGUCAGUUUUUCAUUUAGCUUACCAGCUCAUGAAAAGCCUCAGUCAAUUUAGGGGGGAUGAAUUUUAUCCCUCACUUUUGACAUACGAUGGCCAACCACGUUGUUGAUGUUUUGUACUCGGCUGCAAAUCAUUGUUGAGUCAAUCACCAAGUAUUUAUUGAUGUCUUCAGAGCAAUUUCUAAUUUAUACCAACUCCCUUAUGAACACUUGGGCCUUCACUCACCUUCCAGUCUCACUGGGCAGCUUCAGCACAGGGUUGUGGAGGCUCUGGCCAUGGAAGAAGCCUUCAUUUUUAUUCCCCAGGACAGGAGCUUUUGGGCCCCAGGUGGCAGGCAAGACAGACUCCCACAUCCUCCUUCCUCUGAACGAAACCGACUUGGAAGAGCAGUUUGUGAGAGGCCACGGUCCUGGCGGCCAAGCCACCAACAAAACCAACAAUUGUGUGGUGCUGAAGCACGUCCCGUCUGGCAUCGUGGUCAAGUGCCACCAGACAAGAUCGGUCGAUCAAAACCGUAAGCUGGCAAGAGAGAUUCUGCAAGGGAAGGUAGAUCUCUUCUACAGAGGAGAAGACAGUCACAUUCACAAGGCCAAAAAGGAGGCAGAGAAAAAGAAGAGAGAAAGGAAAAAAAAAGCAAAGGAGACCCUGGAGAAGAAGAGACUGUUCAAAGAGUUAAUGUUAAAGGAACCGAGGCCCCAGCAUCGCGGGAGGCGGGAUGCCGCUGGUCACUGACACGGCGCAAUGGCUGCUUCCUCUGCCAGCACCCGCCUAGCGGCUUCCAAUAAACAUUUGUGGACAAACUCCCGAGCCCCGCUUUGUUCUGAGCCAGGUGCAGGGGCCGCAUGUUGGUGAUGGUCAGUGGUCCCUCAUCGCAAGCUGGGAAAAGUUGUCUCUGGGAGGUGGGGAAGUCCCCAGUUACCUCUGUGCCAGGUUAUGAGAACGAGGUGGAGAAAAGCUAAGGAGAGAUUUGGAAAGCUAACGUGUCACUUGCCCACUUGCUUACUCCCUCAGCUAGUGAAGGACGAGCAGGAUGGGAAAGCGUCCCAGCUUGCCAAGGACCUUUUCUGAUGCCCAAAGGUGUGGAGCUGCCCACUCAAUCCACGCGUAUUCAGGUGUGGCCCGGGGACCCCAUGUGUUCACAGCCAAGCUCUGCAUCCGCCCCUCUCUCCACAUGGAUCAUCCAGUAAGGGAGGUGUUCACCUCAUCAUUCUGUUUUAGGCAAGGUUAGCGGCUUGGCUUGUGAGCACACGCUUGAGAUUAAUGCACAAAGGGAGAGGGAGAAGGAGAGAAUAUUUUUGUCCAGAGAAUGACAUCUGUGGGACAAUAAUAACACAAAGGUUGGUUUUAUUUAAUCUGUUACUUUAAUCAGCAGACCAAGCAGCUCCCCCCUGCUGAGAUGAGUCAUUUACUGGAUGUUAAGUUUAGGUCUCUAACCAAAAUCAAUUCAAUUCAACAACUUAUUAGAGUCGUGUUUCACUCAAUCUGUCCUCUCUGUUCUGCUUUGUAUGUGGAAAUGUUCUGUCUUUUUUGGGGUUAGGGUCAAAAUAAUAUUUUGAAUAAUCACUUAUUACAACUUUCAGAGUUCAUACCAUAAUUGAUUUCUUCCUGUAACAACUAAACUUAAUUUUUUUUAAGACUCACCACUUCAUCAUCUCAUACCUAAAUCAUCAAAGAUAGUAAAAGAAGGAAAAAUUUGGGGCAGCUAGGUGGCGCAGUGGAUAGAGCUCUGGCUUUGGAGUCAGGAUCUGAGUUC